AUGGCCGGAGCCCUUGGGCUGUGGCCGUGGCUGCUGCGUAAAGGAAGUCAAUCCUCUCAAUCCUUCCUUUAUUGCAGUGUUAGUGCCCGAUGGGCACCAGCUGCUGCAGCAGCCAAAUUUGACGAUGGCACGGAUCUUAGUGACAUUGACGGUGAUGCUGAUGACGGAUCGGAACUUCACAACGGCAACGCUUUCCCUCCCGAGCAUUAUCUUCGCAUGGAAGAGGAGUACUGCGAAUUCAAUGGGUGGGACCCCGUGCAUGCUAUGCACGACAUCUCUAUUAAUAUGACGAGUGCCUUCUUCAGAUGGAUUAUGCGGCAGACAACUGGACACGAGGGGCGGAAACUCCCUGGCCUGAAAUCUUUCCAUUCUCUUGAACUUUACUGGAAGGAGUUCCGACUAGUAUAUCGCAGGCUUACAAACAAGAGGAUCGAUCGUGAGUUGGAUGACAAAAUGCUUACUGUCGUCAGAGAACUUGCGGAGGAGUAUGUCCUAAGUUUUCAGCGACGGGAAAACAGAUGCAUGUCAAUGGAUGACCUUGAGCUGCAAGCUGACACCACCAUCGGUACUACCCGGAAGAAGUUUCGGAUUGGCGAGCAUCGCAUCCUCGCUCUACUUUUCCUCCUACUCAUUGCUCCAAGUGGAUCCAGGCCAGAAGCACUUCUGUACCUGCACUAUGGAGACAUCAAAGUUGUCUUGUCUCGAGACCUGGGCGGCGGGCCUCAUAAAAUCUUACUCCGCUUCACGCUUCAUUUCACCAAGACUUUUCUUGGGCUGAAGGCAAUAAAUGAGAUGACUAUUCCGGAGUCUUUGUUUGAUCCAUGCUUCCUGCUCAGUCCUCAUAACCUCCUCCUUGGCCUCCUUUUUCGACACAGAGCCUUUGAGGCUUCUAGCCUCAUUACUCCCGAACUCUUAAGCAAACUUGAUAUCCACCCUGACGAAUACGAACUGCCACUUCCAUUAAAGGAGUCCAUGGAUGAAACCUUUAUCUUCCGGCAGGCCAUCAAGACUGCCUUCAAUGGCUUUGAGAUAUCAGCAAACAAGUGGAUGACAUAUUCGAUGAUAUCAGGUUGGACGAAAAGGAUAGACAUGCUUGCCGGCUUUGGUAGUACAGUGAUCCUAUAUACACUACGUUACACCACUGCCAACGCGCUUGAUCAAUCCUUGGAUGUCAGCAACGGACUGCGCGAUCUGGUCCUUGGGCACAAAAACUCGAACGUUUUCAGGGACCAUUACCUCAGCCGCGUUAUUACAGUUGACACGAUGGCUAUUGUGCGCCAGACAAAGCCGCAAGAAGCCUUGAUGCGCCAGGCUACCAGCAUCGGACACUCUAAAAGCAAACGACGUCCUGUCGACCUCACAUCUGAACAGGUUGCCGAAGUCGAUGGUCACCCCCAAAUCCAGAAGCUCCUUCAACAUCAGCGGGCGCUCCGUCAAGAAACGAGCAGGUCCGAUAAAGGCCGGAAGAGACUUGAGUCAAUCACCAAGAGUCUUCAGAGCGAAAGAGCGAAGCUACGCCGGGAAUUCACACGGCAGAUGCGGGACGAUUGGUCUCGGGAGCAGGCCGUGGUCGACAUAGAGCGACAGCUGGCUGGGAAAUACUUCGAAGAGUCACCUCCAUUACCAUGCGUCACCGACUCUCAUCCCGCCCAGAGACGCUUGCUCAAUGCUUUAAAGGCACCUGUAGCGAGCACGAUCGAGGACGAAUUCCGCCGCCGUGAUGAAGCGAUUCUGGCAGUUAUGGCCUACUGCCCCAUUCAAGAAGGCCCGACGACUCGCUGCCGCCAAUCGGUUAGCAAAGGGAAUGCGCCCCAGGCGGCUCUGACCUCGGACAAGAGCCAUCAAGCACGUGAGGAAUUGGCAAAUGCAACCACUUCCGUCUUCGUCAUGAACGCGGAAGAGCGACCCCGCAGAUGCUUUGUUUGUGUCGGCAGGGCUACCACUCUCCCGUCUUCGGAUCCAACUAUCCAGAGUCUCAUCAGACCGUUCUACUCCUCCGGCGAUCUGAGCAAGCAUGUCAGACGGCAUCACCUCUCCAACAUCCAGGACGACGAAAAGCUACACUGCCGUCUUUGCAGCUUAUCCUUGGAUCACAAAAUGCAUCUUCAGAAUCACGCUAUGAGAAUACAUGGAACUGUCUCAUGA